CUCAUCAUCAUCAUCAUCUACUUCAAUAAUAAUAAUAAUAAACUUGAAAUUAAUCUUAAACGUGAAGCGGAAAACAAUCCAAACGAUUGUGUAAAGCAACAAAAAUUAUUGAAAUUAUCCACUGCAGAUAAUAAUAAUACAGAUAAUACAUCGUCAAUAAUUGGUAAUAUCGGUGCAAAGUGUUUAACGGUUGGCUUGAAAAAACAAGCUACAAAUAAUCAAACCGAGCAACAACAACAACAACAACAGAAUCAUAAAAGUAACGGCUCGGUUGAGAACGGUUCAAUAAUGAAUCACCAGGCUAGUGGUAGUAGUAAUAAUAAUCAAGAUGAACAUCAAAUUGAUGAAAGUCUUUAUUCAAGACAAUUAUAUGUACUUGGUCAUGAUGCUAUGAAACGUAUGGCACGAUCAUCGGUAUUGAUUGCCGGUCUAGGUGGUCUUGGUGUUGAGAUUGCUAAAAAUAUUAUUCUUGGUGGUGUUAAAGAGGUAACAUUACAUGAUAAUAAAUUGGCCGAUUAUUAUGAUCUCUCAUCACAAUAUUACUUGAAUGAAUCGAGUAUUGGAAAAAAUCGUGCCGAACAAUCGUUGUUAAAUCUUUCCGAAUUGAAUCCUCAUGUCAAAGUGAAUGUACAUCAAGGUGCAUUAAUCGAUGAAUCUUUUUUGCAAAAUUUCUCCGUCAUCGUAUUGACUGAUUCAUCGUUGGAAGAACAACUAUCAGUUGGUGAAAUAACUCGCGAAAAAGGCAUAUCGUUAAUUGUGGCUCAAUCACGUGGUUUGUUUGGUCAAAUAUUUUGUGAUUUUGGCAACAAUUUUACCGUUUACGAUACGAAUGGUGAAAAUCCUAUUUCUGUAUUGAUUUCGGGUAUCACUAAAGAAAAAGCUGGUGUUGUUGCCUGCAUUGAAGAUGCACGACAUGGUUUUGAAGAUGGCGAUGUUGUUCGUUUUGCUGAAGUUAAAGGAAUGACCGAAAUUAAUGGAAAGGAUUACAAAAUCAAAGUAACCGGUCCAUGUCAAUUUUCCAUUGGUGAUACUACUGGAUUUUCCGAUUAUCAAAAUGGUGGUAUUGUUACACAAGUUAAACAACCAAAAGCUAUGAAUUUUAAACCAUUGAAAGAAUCAAUUUUGGCUCCGGAUUAUUUAGAUUCAUUUUCUGAUCGUCCACAGCAAGAGCAUUUAUUUUUUCAAGCAUUAGAUCGUUUUCAAAAUCAGAAUGGCCGUCUUCCUCGUUCAUGGAAUCAAGAAGAUGCCGAUGCAUUCUAUGAAUUGUUAGUCGGUUUGGUCAAUGAACGUCAAGUAGAGCCAAGUUCUAUCAAUGAAAAUUUGGCCAAAAUUUUUGCUAAACAAGCUCGUGGUAAUCUGGCACCAGUCAAUUCAUUUAUUGGUGGUGGUGCUGCUCAAGAAGUAAUGAAAGCUUGUACCGGAAAAUUUUCACCAAUUUAUCAAUGGUUUUAUUAUGAUGCAUUUGAAUGUUUGCCUAAUGAUGCGAAUCAAUUACCCAAAGAAAGUGAUGCUCAACCAUUGAAUUGUCGAUAUGAUGGUCAGAAUGCCGUUUUUGGAAAACAAUUUCAACAAAAACUUUGUGACCUGCGAUAUUUUCUGGUCGGUGCCGGUGCUAUCGGUUGUGAACAUUUAAAACAUUUUGCCAUGAUCGGAGCUGGAACUAGUGAACGUGGUAAAAUUGUUGUUACCGAUAUGGAUAUAAUUGAAAAAUCCAAUUUGAAUAGGCAAUUUUUGUUCCGACCAAAAGACGUCGGUGGUUUCAAAUCGAAAAUAGCUGCAAUUGCAACAAAAGCAAUGAAUCCACAGAUCAAUGUUAUUGCCCAUGAAAAUCGUGUUGGAGUUGAUACGGAAAAAUAUUAUGAUGAUGAUUUCUUUGAAACACUUGAUGGUGUUGCUAAUGCAUUGGAUAAUCUGGAAGCCCGAACAUAUAUGGAUCGUAAAUGUGUAUAUUAUCGUAUACCAUUAUUAGAAUCUGGAACACUUGGAACUAAAGGCAAUGUUCAAAUUGUAAUACCAAAUUUGACGGAAUCCUAUUCAUCAUCACAGGAUCCACCGGAAAAAUCGAUUCCUAUUUGUACAUUGAAAAAUUUUCCAAAUGCCAUUGAACAUACAUUACAAUGGGCUCGUGAUGAAUUUGAAGGCCUUUAUAAACAGGCACCUGAACAAGCUUAUCUUUAUCUAACUGAUCCAAAAUUUAUUGAACGUACAAACAAAAUGAAUGGCAAUCAACCGAUCGAAAUUGGUGAAUCAGUGAAAAAAGUGUUAGCCGAACGUCCAACAUCAUUUAUGAGUUGUAUUAAAUGGGCACGUCUUUAUUUCGAACAACAAUUCAAUCAUCAGAUACAACAAUUGUUAUUCAAUUUUCCACCGGACUAUACGACAACAACCGGUGCACCGUUUUGGUCCGGGCCAAAAAAAUGUCCACAUCCAAUCAACUUUGAUCCAAGCAAUUCACUUCAUCUGGAUUUCGUUAUGGCUGCGGCCAAUCUUCGAGCCUAUCUGUACAAUAUUCCACAAUGUCCUAAUAGAGAAGAGAUUCUUAAUCUGGUCACUUCAUUAUCCGAAAGUGAAAUACCGAAAUUUAAACCAAAACAAAAUCUAAAAAUUGCUGUGAAUGAUUCUGAAUUAUCGAUGAUGGAUUCAAAUCAAUUUGAUGUUGGUGAACGUUUCAAAUCGAUAUUGGCUGAACUGCCAACAUUGGAAGAAUUGAAAUCCGUGAAAAUAAAUCCAAUUGAAUUUGAAAAAGAUGAUGAUACCAAUUAUCAUAUGGAUUUUAUUGUUGCCGCAUCAAAUUUACGUGCAGAAAAUUAUGAAAUUGCACCAGCCGAUCGCCAUAAAAGUAAAUUGAUUGCUGGUCGUAUUAUACCAGCCAUUGCAACGACAACUGCUCUCAUAUCUGGUCUAGUAUUUAUUGAGCUAUAUAAAUUUGUACAAGGAUUUAAAACAUUGGAUCCAUAUAUGAAUUCAUUUGUCAAUUUGGCCUUACCAUUUUUUGGUUUUUCAACGCCUACCGCAUGCCAGACAUUGAAAUAUUAUGACAAUAGUUUUACUAUAUGGGAUCGUUUUGAAAUCAAUAAAGACAUGACAUUACAGGAAUUUAUUGAUUAUUUCCUAAAUGAACAUCGUCUGGAUAUAACAAUGAUCUCGCAAGGUAAUGUUUUGUUGUAUUCAUUCUUUUUGAAUAAAGAAAAACGUGAAGAACGUAUGCCAUUGAAGAUGACCGAAGUUUUGAAACGUGUUUCAAAAAAACGUAUCGAAUCAUAUGUAAAAUCAUUAGUAUUUGAAAUCUGUUGUAAUGAUGAUAAUGGUGAAGAUGUUGAAGUGCCGUACGUACGUUAUGUACUCAACAAUGAACCAAUGGAUAUAUCAAAAUAAAAAAAAAGUGAUGAUGAUGGAUGA